GGAAAUAAAUGCCAUAUGCAACUUACUAUUAUGAACCUUACUUACAGGGUACACUUCCCCUUUAAGAGCAGGGAACAGAGGUGACUUCACCUUAGGACUGUGACAGUUGGUUCAGUCCGUUGGUUGACACCGUAGUGAUUGGUAAGUGGAUAUUCCCUCUGGGAGAUAUUUUUUGUCAAAUAAUGCUUAUUUUAAUGAAAAAAGAGGGGAAAUAGUUGGGUAACACUCCCCAGACUAACAGAUAUUUAUCCUCUCACUGAUUUUAGUGAAUUUAGAGACUUUUCCCCUAAAAUGGGCUUUGGAGAUGACUUUAAUCUUAGCACUGGUUGGGAGACACAGACUCAGGAUUUGGAAGUUAUGCAGGGCUGACAGCAAAUAUACACGUUUUCUACAGUAACCCCAUAAGGAGGAAUAAAUAGCAAUGCUUCUUCCUUUUACACAAUAACAUUUAUUUAUAAGUCUCAUGAUUUAAGAGCAGAGAUGAGAGGUGACUUUACACCCAGGGAUUUGAUAUUUGGUUUGGUCCGUUGGUUGAGUGGUGAGAGGUAAAUGUGAGAGAUUUUUGUGACAAAUAACCCAUAAUUUAGUCAAAUAAAGGGGGGAAAUAGUUGCGUGAUGCCCCCAGACUAGCGGAUGUUGUUCCUCUUACUGAUUUUAGAGAAUUUUCCCCCUAAAAUGGGCAUUGGAGAUGCUUUUACUCUUAGUGCUGGUUGGGAGACACAGACCCAGGGUUUGACAGUUGGUUUAGUCCGUUGGUUGGUAAACUGGUGAAUGUACUAUCCCUAUAAGAGAUUUAGGGGCUUACAGCAAAUAUACACUUUUUCCCAAUUGAAGCCCAUAAACAGAUAACAUUUGGGGACCCCUGUGCCAGACUAACAGAUAUUGAUUAUGUUACUGAUGUUAUUAAAUUUCCCCCUCAAAUGGACAAUGCCUUUACUUUUAGUGCUGGCUGGGAAAUGCAGACCCAGGGUUUGACAGUUGGUUUAGUCCGUUGGUUGGUAGAGUGGUGAAUGUACUAUCCCUAUAAGAGAUUUUUUUGCCAAAUAAUCCUUAUUUUAGUGAAAAGGGGGGUGAUAAAUGUUUGAUACCCCCAAGACUAGCGGAUGAUGCUCCUCUCAUUGAUUUCAGAGAUUUUGGAGAGUUUACCCCUAAAAUGGGCUUUGGAUAUGCUUUUACUCUUAGAGCUGGUUGGGAGACACAGACCCAGGGUUUGACAGUUGGUUUAGUCCAUUGGUUGGUAGAGUGGUGAGGGGCUGACAGCAAAUAUACACUUUUUCCCAAUUGAAGCCCAUAAACAGAUGACAUUUGGGGACCCCUGUACCUCACUAUAAAUACUUUAUUUGUAUGACCAGUAUUAACAGGCUCCUUACAGUUUUGCCCCUCUGCCCCUGGGUAUCUAACCUGUUCUGAUAUACCAACCUUAACAUGAAUUUAAUGGAAUACAUAGCAAUGUCUUUUCCUUUCAUGUCUCAUGUGCAUUCCCUUCAAAUGUCCCGGCUGUGGAGGGCAACAGGGUACAUGGUAGGGCAGUAUUGAUUCCAAUCAGAUUUAAUUGCUAUUCUGUAAAUGUUUCCUAUAGCAGGGGGUGGGCAAUCUGCACCUGGCCAGUGAUCUUAUGUACUAUGUAUUCAUACUCUCUAUACCAAUGCUCAUUUCUGAUUGGCUGCUGGGAGGUACUGCAUUGUACAAACUGAGUGCCAGUAAACGCUGGGAGUGACACAAAGCUCACGUUUAGAUCUCUGCUUUCCUCUAUAUUUUAUAGGAAAUAUUAAGUUAAGUGUUAAAAGCAUUAUCCUUGAAACUAAUUUGUCAAUUUAUUCUCUUCCCUAUACAGAUUGCUACAGUGGACGGAUUGCUACUUUUUUGGCAAAUUACCAGCUCUUUUUGGACUGUGUUUUUUGCUGGCUUCUCCUUAGUUCAGAUUUUAACAUUCUUUUCUGAACACAUAUAAGGAGAGCCAGCGUCUAAAGAGGGAGACCCUCUGGGGUCCCCCGGCCUUGUGCCGGCCCCUCUAUUUAAGCCAAAAGCCAAAAACACCUCAGGCGUUUUGGUAUUUUUUUUUUGCUUUUUAUUUUUGAAGAUCUGACAUCUGAGCUUCUUUUAAGAGGAGUCUCAAGAUGGGUGUCCGGAAUUCCUGCAUUCGUGCUACCAAUCCGGACAAUCAUGAGGUUUUGUCUCCAAAACUUUGUGAUAUGCAGCCAAGGUUACAUCUAUUGGCCAAUAAAGAGCAGGUAAUGGGAGAAAUAAAGAAGGAGAUGCGCAUUGCAGCGGGCGCUGAAAAGCUCUACAGAGUGACCUCAGACAAGGAGACCUUAGUCCGUCUGAGGAAGUUUAUGAAGGAGUCGGGGAAAAAGCUGAAAAUUCUUUAUGCCACCCUUCAAAACCUGAAUGUGGCAAUUGCACAGAAGGACCCUGAGAUUCACCCAGGUUCUCCCCAUGACCCACCAACAAAUGCCCCAGAGGAUUCCUGUGUUAGGGAUGAGUCACCAGAAGUUGCCUUGACACCGGAAGAACCAGCCACCACAAGUGAGAGGGACACCACGGCACAAGAUCCAGCACCAGCACUGCCACUGGCUGUCACUGAGGGCAGUGAGAUGUCUGCGGAUGAAGUGAACAUCGGCUCAACUCAUCCAGAAAACACAGCAGAAGACUUUCCACCGGCUGUGACGACGGAACCAGAAGUUUUGCAUUUGACCAACUGCACUCUGCAAGACUUCACCCAACGAGGUUUCCUAGGCGAGGGCGGAUUUGGGAAGGUUCUCCAUGUGCAACACACGGCAUCAAAAAGAUCGUAUGCCCUGAAGAUCCUAAAAAAACAGAAGAUCACCACCUUAAGGGAUGUUGAAAGGAUUUUGGUCGAGAAACGGGUCGCUCUCACAGCAGCUGUCCACCCCUUCACCGUGGAUCUACAUGCCACCUUCCAGUCAGACCACCAUCUCUUCUUCCUCAUGGAGUAUGUCGCUGGAGGCUGCUUAAGGACUCUCCUGGAGAGGGAACGUAAAUUUGGACAACGGAGGACUACGUUCUAUGCUGCGUGCACAGUGCUGGCCAUCUCCUAUUUGCACGAAAAUGGUAUCAUACACCGAGAUCUCAAGCCGGAAAACCUGCUCUUAGACAGCAACGGGUACAUCAAACUGGCUGAUUUCGGACUAUGCAAAGACGGAAUUGGCUAUGGGGACAGAACACGCAGCCUGACUGGAACCUAUGACUACAUGGCUCCCGAAGUCCUCUCCAGGCUGCCGUAUUCAAGAUCUGCAGAUUGGUGGUCUCUGGGCAUCGUGAUCUUCGAGAUGCUAGUCGGGGACCUACCAUGGAUGAGACCAUCUAUUGGCGUCGUCUGCCCAAAGUUCCUGGCUGAGGAUGCAGCUAUUUUAAUAUCAGGGCUUUUACAGUUGGACCCAUGGAUGCGGCUGGGCUCCAGCGAGGAAGAUGCAGGUGAACUAAUGUUUCAUCAUUUCUUUCGAGGCAUUGACUGGCUGGCUUUGGUACAGAGAAAAUUGCAGCCCCCAUUCAUACCGGAGGAUGUUGGACUUUCCGACGAUGGACCCUGUUAUGAACAUCUACUUCUAACACCUCCCUCCGAGGGUUCCUUGGCAAUAAGAAAAGAGAUCGCCGAUGCCUUUGGGAGCUUCGAUUAUUCCGCAAUAUAG